AUGGCGGAGGUCAAAGUCCUCAUCGCCGGAGCGGGAAUCGCGGGACUGGCGACGGCGAUUGCGCUGCGGCGCUUGGACAGCGCGGAGCUCAGGCUCGACAUCCAACUGUACGAGAAGGCGCGCGAGCUGAAGGAGAUCGGAGCCAGCAUCGCGCUGAGCCCGAACGGGCUGCGCACGCUGGAGCGGCUGGGCGUGGCCAACGCGCUGGACGACGCGGUCGGGUUCCGCGGGCCCAGCGGCCUCCCCAUGAUCUACCGGCACUGGAAGACGAACGAGGUGGUCAGCGUGGACGAGUUUGUCGACGUGCCGGACCGGCGGCAUCAGACGGCGCGAUUCCACCGGGCGCACCUGCACGAGGCGCUGCUGGAAUACGUGGACCGGCGCACGAUCCAUCUCAACAAGGCGGUGCGGUCAGCGGAGGUGGAGGGGGAGGCGGACGGCGACGGGGUCCGGCUGUUCUUCGACGACGGCACCAGCGUGCGCGGCGACAUCCUCAUCGGCGCCGAUGGCCUGCGCUCCAAGGUGCGCGCCGCCUUCCGGCCCCAACACUCGCUGCACUGGACCGGCCGCACGCUGUUCCGCUCGACCUUCGAUGCCGAGCUGGUCGAGGGUGGACUCAUCCCGGACCUGCCGCCCGACUCGACUCACUGGUGGGGGCCGAAGCACACCUUCUUCGCCUCCCGCCUGGGCAAAAACCUGUAUACCACCGUGGGCAACUUUGAUCCUGCAGCCGCGAGGGCCAUCGGCCAAUCUCAACCCCAGACCCAGCAAAUCCAAUGGGACCAGGAAGGCGACGUGGCCGUGUUCCGCGAGCUAUACAAGGGCUGGAACCCCGUGGUCAAGGCCUUGACCGAAGCCACCCCCUACGUGCGUCUGUACCCCAACCUGGCCGGCGCGCCGUUGGAUACCUGGGUCUUUGGUUCGCGCGUCACCCUGGUCGGAGACGCCGCUCAUACUCACGGCGGCGCCCAUGCUGCCGGCGGCUCGCUGGCCCUGGAUGACGCCUGGGCUCUGUAUCUGGCCUUUCGGCAUGUUUUUGCCGCCCUUGGCCUCGUACCUGGUAGUGCUGGUGCUGGAGCUGAUAGUACUGGAGCUGAUAGUGCUGGUGCUGAUAAUGCCGGUGCCGGUGCCAGUGCUACCAAUAACCCUACCACACAGCCCACGGCCUCAAUUCCAGUUCCAGUUCCACUCCAGGUCCAGGACAUCCACCGCGCUCUGUCCCUCUAUGACAGGACGCGACGGCCACACACCGAACGCCUGGUCAAGUCGGUCCUUGGUGCCGGCGGAGCUGGAGCUGGAGCUGGAACUGGAGCGGCAGCGGCAGCGGCAGCGGUAACGCCGGUCUCUGAGUCCGACGAGGACGAGGACGAGGCCCUGAGACUGAAGAUGAAGAACCGACCCAGCACGACGUGGUUGGCCGAGCAUGAUGUCGAAGCCGCCUUUGCAGAAGUCCUCGAUCAAGACAAACACAACCACAGCCACGGCCAUAAAGGCAAUACACAAGGCCGAGGCUUCGGUAUCGGUGUCCGUGUCGGUGUCGGUGGCCUGCCUACUCCUGCUCAUGGUCGAGACCAAAGCCGACUGUGA